UGAGGGAACAUGUCUGGGAUCAAGAGAGCAGUUGCGGAGAAGGACCCCGACUAUGAGGAGAUCACAGUCACGCAUCCCAGUAAGCGUCACAAAGCAGCUGAACAGUCAGCUCGAGAUGUUGCUGUGCAGAAGAUCGAGACAAUUAUAAAAGAACAGUUUGCUGUUGAAAUGAAGAAUAAAGAACAUGAAAUUGAAGUUAUAGAUCAGCGCCUGAUUGAAGCAAGAAGGAUGAUGGAUAAGCUGCGGGCCUGCAUUGUGGCAAACUAUUAUGCUUCUGCUGGUCUCCUUAAAGCUGGAGAGGGGACAAGAUCCUGUGAUGCAACGAUUCUUAAUCACCCUUCAAUCAAGAAGUUCUUAGAAUCGCCCUCCAGAUCAUCGUCCCCUGCUAACCAGGGGUCAGACACUCCGUCUGCCAACCACUCCGAAAGCGACUCGCUCUCCCAGCACAACGACUUCCUCCUGAACAAGGACAAUGGCAACCUGGAUGCAGAGGAGAGGCUGGCAAAUAACCUGGACCAGAGACAGAGCAGAAAUACUGGCCGGGACAGUUCGGGUGUUUCAGGCUCUCAAAAACCAGGACAACGAAAUGCCGGACUAUCAAAUGAUGAAACUUCACGGCUUUAUGUGAAGAAAACAAUUGUGGUUGGCAACGUCUCCAAAUACAUUCCCCCAGACAAGAGAGAAGAAAAUGAUCAGUCAACCCAUAAAUGGAUGGUGUAUGUCCGAGGCUCUCGGAGAGAACCCAGCAUAAAUCAUUUUGUCAAGAAAGUUUGGUUCUUCCUCCACCCCAGUUACAAACCUAAUGACCUGGUAGAAGUGAGAGAACCUCCGUUUCACCUGACCAGGAGAGGCUGGGGAGAGUUCCCUGUGAGAGUCCAGAUACACUUUAAGGAUAGCCAGAACAAGAGGAUUGAUAUCAUACACAAUUUGAAGUUGGACAGGACCUACACAGGCCUGCAGACACUUGGCGCAGAAACGGUAGUGGAUGUGGAGCUACAUAGGCAUUCCCUUGGCGAGGAGUAUCUCUUUUCCCAGUCUUCAGAGUCUGAGCUUUCUGAUGUUCCUACGUCUUUACCGCUACCAUUGAGUAUCCCAGCACCAGUUAAAGCUUCUUCACCGAUUAAACAGUUGCAUGACUCCAGCCCGGAUGCUUCUGCAGACAAAG